AUGCUCCUCACUUUCACCCCUUUCAGGCUUCAAGCUAAGCUGCAGCAGAGCAUCUACUUGGAAGCUAGUGCAGAAGCACAAGAGGAGGCACAUGAACUUUUCCUUCUCAUGACAUCACCUGUUUCCAAGUCAGGCUUCAGAGCAUCUGUGCAACCUUUCUUGAAGCCCACAGAAGCAGCCAUGGAAGAGGUUCUUGGGGUAGCACCAUAUGCAGAAUCAGCCUUAAUUGUUAUCUUCACUUGGAGCAGAAACUCAGUGGAACCUGUGACAACUCAGCCAACUCCUGGCAUCGCAACUUUGUCUAGCAUCAUCCUGGCACCGGAGCAUACUGGAGGCAACUGGUCCACGGGCUUAUUUGAUGUCUGCAGUGACAAGAGAGUUUGUGCUUGUGGUUUACUGUGCAGUCUGUGUCUGGAAUGUGGCACUGCAAGUCGCUAUGGGGAGUGCUUUUGCUUUCCACUACUAUUGGGAUCCACCUUAGCAUUGAGAGUUGGUACCAGAGAAAGAUACAAAAUACAUGGAACCCUAUGUGAAGAUUGGAUGGCAGUUCAUUGCUGCUGGCCUUUUUCAGUCUGCCAAGUGGCCCGGGAAAUGAAGAGGAGACCUAUAUUUCAGAUCUGUGAAAUAAACCCAUCAUCUUCUCCUCCUUCGGUCAAAGAUGCUCUAGCUUGAAAAAGAAACUUUCAGAUGUAUAACUUCUUGGUUCAUGGUACUUUCCCUCCUUUCCCCUGAAACUGCAAAAAUGGUUAUUUUUAGAAAUAAAAAUGCAUUCAUGUGUCAGAGCAAUUCCUCCCCUUAUGUUUCUACCAGAAAGGCAUAAGUGUUAGAUCCAUUGACAACACCAAAAGUAGCCAAAGUGCCAGAGCAAAACCAUGUUAGUGUGCCUAUUAAAGUGGUUUGCUGACCCUGGGAUUUUAUGGGGGAAUGAUCUAUAGGGAUUUAUGUGAAAUCAGAGUAGCCGAGGUCCUGCAAGCCAUGCACAAGCUUGUACUGGUCUUUUCCACCUGUUAUUUAGGGCCAUGGAUCAGACCAUUGCAAGUUGAACUUGCUCAUCAGUUUUUUAUUUGGUUCUUUAAGUUCUUUUCUAGUUAAAAAAGCUCUAUUAAAUGUAUAUCACAUGAUGACAAAAAUUAGUGUCACAGA